CUAUUUGUUAGCCAGCCAUAGCUACCUGUGGUUUUCAAUCUGCAACAAGUGACUUGUGAUAGCUCUAGUGUAGUUAGUUCUUGGAAAAUGGCUAUAUUUGUUCUGUUACUCCAGGGGCUGUUCUGGUCUCUGGUUCACUCUCAAACCUUUCCUUAUGUCUCCUUCGAUGGCCAGACUCUGGCCAACCAUUCCUAUGUGGACCUCAGUCAAGUGGGGACCAGUGGUAGUGACAGUGUUCAGUGUAUCACUGACCUGAGCACCUGUUGCAGUUAUGUUCAGGGUCCUCACAGGGGAGACUGGUACUUCCCUGAUGGAACUAGUCUGCCAUAUCCUGGAGAUGGUGACAUUAUUGAGGCUCAUACAGCUGAGAGAGUUGAUCUACGUCGUAUGAGCAAUGCUAGUACACGACCUGGUAUCUAUCACUGUGACAUUCCAACUAAUGCUGUCCAUGAUGAUACUGACAGAUCAAUUAGGGCAACAGUUUACGUGGGACUAUACACUAGCAGUGGGGGAUACAUCUCAAUAUCUGGAGGAAUGUCACUCACUCUGGACUCUGAUCUCAAUGAAUCCAGUCCUCGGUUCACCCUAACCUGUAUCUCCACUGGUGGACCUGCUACAGAAGUGACUUGGACCAGAGACUCCACCACUGUCACCCAAGGAACCCAGACUGUGUUUAAUGACCCAGUGACUGCACAGUACACCCACACUCUGACUGUGACUGGGAGAUUGCCUGGACUAUACACGUGUACUGUGGCCAAUCACAAGCCAACCACUGCUUCUGCCAGUAUCAGUGUACAAACUUCUUUCCCUCCCACUAACGUGACAGCAGUCCAGGAUGGUCCGACUAGUAUCACAGUGACCUGGACUCCUCCCUCUCCACUGGGAGAUACCACUGGCUACAGGAUCUCCUACAAUGGUGGCAGUCGUAGGGGAAGUGUCACUAUUAGUGGAAGCUCUACCAGCAUUUUUACACUGACUCGACUAAGGAGUGGAGAAACCUAUGCUAUACUCAUUGUAGGAAUGUCAUCUGUUGGUCUACCUAGUGAGCCUGUGCAGACAAUUUCUACUGGUUUGGUUCCGUUCCAAGCCCCAGUUCUUCACAUGUCUCCAACAACCACUACCACAUCAAUCACCAUAACUGGUAUUGUUCCAAGAGGCUCUGUGGUGACUGGGUUUAUCAUACAGUGGUGGAGAAACGUUUCAAUUGGCUGUUCUGAUGUUAAUCAACGUAAAAUUGAGGAGAGGGGCCUUUUCUCUAACUAUACGAUAACUGGUGUAGAGCCAGGAAACAGAUAUGCCAUAACUGUUAGACUACUAAAUGCAGCUGGUAUUGGUCAAGUUAGCAAUACAGUGGCUGCAAUGACUGAAGAAGAUGCUCCAUCUGGGGCUCCUACCUCAGUAAGACCUGGUACCAUCACUCCUACUAGCAUCACAGUAAACUGGGACCAAGUGCCUUGUGCCCACCGUAAUGGAGAAAUAAUUGGAUACACAGUACAUGUUAUAAGCAAUGGAACUGUUGAGGAAACGGUUAACGUUGGUAGUGAUGCCCGAGAGGCCACUGUUUUUAGACUUAUUCCAUCCACACUCUACACGGUACGAGUUGCAGGAGUUAAUUUUGCCGGCACUGGACCAUACUUUAGUACUCUUACGGAAACUACAACUGGACUCAAUGUGUCAGUAACUUCCUCAUCCACUAUGUCUCUCACCAUUUCGUGGACUAUAGCCGAGAACAUUACUGUUACCUCCUACACCGUCUCCUACUCAAACAGAAACUUGAACUGCUUCAACGACUCUAACUCCAUAUCCCGUAUUCCCGUUAGUCAGAGCACGUACACACUGACUGGUCUUGAAGAAAGAACUGAGUACAGUAUCACUGUCACGGCGUAUCUACCUAGAGGAAGAACAGAAGCACGCAAUGUUUAUGGGACCACAUUAACUGCCGCUCCAACUACGUCUCCCACUUCAAUUAUAAUAAAAGUGAAAACUUCUACAAGUGUUACUGUCAGCUGGGGGUCAGUGGACUGCAGACAUCAGAACGGAGAGAUAACAGGCUACCGAUUGAGGUAUGGGGAGAAAGGAGGUGGAAACAGGACUGUCCAGAUGGUGUCAGGAGACUCCACUGGAGGAAACACCCCCAUCUCUGGACUGAUUAAAGAGACAGUCUACACUGUGCAAGUGGCAGCAGUCACCAGCUCUGGUACAGGGGUCUACAGCCAUCCUUUGAUAAUUGAGACUCCUGACAACACCUUCAUCUCUUUGAAUGGAAGUGUCAUCGCUAAUCAUGGCUAUGUGGACAUCAGUGAUAUUGGUUCUACUGAUGACAGUACUUUAUUGUGUCAUACAAACCGUCCACCACCUCCCGGCGGAAGGCAUUCUGAUGGGGAGUGGUUUGGACCAAAUGGGACCAGAGUGGGUGAUCCAUAUCGGGAUUACUAUAAUGUUCCCGGUCUAGUGAGAAACAGAGCUCCCAUGAUAGUUAGACUUAUAAGAAACGUCAACACCGGUGAUCCAGCUGAGGGAAUAUAUCAAUGUAAAGUAAAGGACAGUGCUGAAACUCUUCGGACACUAUCUGUGGGAUUAUACAACAGUGGAGGAGGUGCCAUUCGUGCUCAGGGUAAUCCAACUUUUAAGGCAACUGAUCCGAAUGAAGCCAGUCCUCAGUUCACUCUCACCUGUAUCUCCACUGGUGGACCUGCUACCACUGUCACUUGGACCAGAGACUCCACCACUGUCACCCAACGAACUGAGACUGUGUUGAAUGACCCAGUGAUUGCACAGUACACCCACACUUUGUACUUGUCUGCUGGUGGAAACUACACAUGUACUGUGUCCAAUCACAAGCCGUCAUUUGCUUCAGCCAACAUCAUCGUCCAAGCUAAACCAGAUUCAGUCGCAUUUCAACCAGUUAAUGCUACAGCAGUCAGGAUCUCAUGGAAUGGAAACUUGACCUUCCCAACUACUGUCAGUCACAGCAGCAUUUCCAAUCUUACUGGAGCUGUGAUGAGUGAAUCUUCGCUCGUCCUGCCAGCUGGUACGACCUCUGCCACUGUGGUACUAGAAGAAGAUGUAGGACUGGAUGAUGGAAUAGAUGAAUACAAACAUAUCUUCACUCUGUACCAAAUCAUACUUCAUGGCGUUAGAGGAUUAGGGACCACAGAAACCUUCACUUUUGGUAAAAAAGAACAACAUUACUAGUAAGCAAAUGCGAGUGAAAAUUUCAGCCAUUUUACAGAAAUAGUCUACAUAUGUAUAUACCGCAUAAUUCAGACAACUAUAGGCUUGCUUUGCUUACCAAUAACUAAUAUUUGUAUGUGCCGGGCUUCCACCACUUCCCACACCCCCACAAUCAUUAAUCUUGAUUGUGGAUGCCUAUAUAGAUCACAUCAUGUGGAAUGUGCACACAAACACUCAUUAUACACCAAUGUUUAUCAUUACAGAUAAGAACACUUUUCAGAUGCAGUUCGGACCAAUUGGCUAUUGUGUGGACUGGGGAGUCGAGAAAGCUCUUCGCAUUGAGGAGCAAUUACAAUCUCAACUGAUUCGUAUAAUCAACAAACGUACCAACAGCAGCAAUGUGAAAUUAACCACAUUCUUACUAAGGAAAGGAGUGUUUCUUUGCCAUGGCAACCCCACUAAAACCAUCUACCGCACCACUCUGGUUAACCCUUUCCCCGCCACAAACUCCACCCACCUGGUGGGCAUUAUUCAGAGUUGGGUGUCCACGGGUCCGUCCCUCGUUCUAGACGGUCUACUGGUGAGGGUGAGUCCCUCCUGCCCCACCUCUAUCUCCAGUCUCGAUCAAGAAGAGUGUGAGACUGGUACCGCACAUGACCGGCAACUGGGGGACAGGAUUACUCAGACUAUCAAUGCCUGUGCCAUCAAGAAUCUUGGAGAACAAGUCUGCGGCAGGCUUGGUGGCUUUUGAAACUAUACUGAUAGUUUAUGUAGUGUAUGAUUAUGAAUUAGUUAGGCAACUGUAGUGAAAGUGUGUACUAGGUACUCAAAUGUUUUGUGGUACUAUAUAGAGAGUUUCUCCUUGUUCAGUAGUGUUGGCAGCCA